AUGGCUGAAGAAAGUUCAAAGGUAAAGGAUUCAGAAGGAACCGAAUUCAUAAAGUUGAAAGUUGUUGGCCAGGAUGGAAACGAGAUACAUUUUCGUGUCAAAUUUACGACACCCAUGGGAAAGCUCAAGCGAUCUUACGCCGACCGAAUUGGCGUCCCAGUGACAACUCUGAGAUUCUUGUUCGACGGAAAGCGAAUCAAUGAUGAUGAAACUCCCAAAGUCUUGUCAAUGGAAGACGAAGACGUCGUUGAAGUUUACCAGGAACAAACUGGCGGCCGCUGA